AUGACCAGGAGAUCUGUCGCUGCCAUUGAUACCAGAGAUGCUUGCAGUUAUGAUUUCCCGCUCUACUUGGAAAAAGUGCUGAAAGUAGAAGAAAAUAUUACUUAUUGUCAGAAUUGGAAGCAAGAGAAAAUCUCACUGUCAACAGUUGUCAGUGCAGUAACACCAGUGGUCGAUCAUGUGGAAGUGGAGAAUGGAAUUCAAACUAACCUGGUCGUUAUUAUGAUCCUGUCUCGAAAAACAUGUGGCCUCUCUGGCUGUAUCACCUAUUACCUGGUGUCAAUGGCAGCGACAGAUCUCCUGGUCAUAGUUACUGCUGUCGUCUUAAACCGGAUUGCUGGGAUUUAUUUUCCAUUAAGUUUUCUUUCCAUCACUCCAUUAUGCAGUUUACGUUCUGCCUUGAUUUAUGCAUCUAUAGACAGUUCCGUCUGGCUAACAGUCACUUUUACGUUUGACCGAUUUGUGGCCAUUUCAUGCCAGAAGCUGAAAAUACGAUAUUGUACUAAGAUGGUGGCUGCGUAUGUUAUAGGAAUCGUCUCCACCCUGAGUUGUAUAAAAAAUGCCUUCUUAUAUUUUGUGUAUGACCCUAUGUACAUAAUUGACAAUAUACCAUGGUUGUGUAGCCUAAAGGUUAUAUACUACACAUCACCUGCCUGGGCUGCAUUUGACUGGAUGCGAUCCAUUCUCACCCCUUGUCUCCCAUUCAUUCUGAUUGUACUGCUGAAUGCUCUGACAGUCAGACAUGUUCGAGCAGCUAAUCAAGCCCGCAGGAGAGUCCGGUAUCAGAACAAUAGACAGAACCAGAGUGACCCAGAGGUCGAGAAACGGAGAAAGUCCAUCGUUUUACUUUUUGCCAUCUCGUGCAAUUUCAUCCUACUCUAUUUACUAUUCAUGAUAACGAUCCUCUAUGUCCGAAUUGCCAAAGUUACUUAUUUCUCAGGUUCUGAUUCUAGUGAAACAACAUUCGUUCUUGAGGAAUAUGGAUUUAUGCUUCAGCUUCUGAGUUCCUGCAUCAACCCGUUUAUUUACGCCGGAGUGCAGGCUAAAUUCAGAGCAGAAUUAAUGAAUGGGGUGAAAUAUCCAUUGAGGUUAUUACAACAGAAUGGAGAACGGAAAACAAGUUAUGGUAUCAAUGUGGACGAUGAACAUGGAGUCGAAGUUGGUAAUAUAGCUCUCAAACUGACAAAGAGUGCUCAAGCAGCUGAGUUGGCAGCAGUGGCAUAUAUGGUGAGUACCCGGAACAGUAUCGCACAGGAUCUGUUAUCUAUGCAUGUGUGCAACAAUUUGAAAGAAUACCUUCUGUAUGGGAUGCGGAAGCAGAAAGUCAUUCAGCAACUUUACUGGCUUUCUUUCCUCAAGCAGCCCUGA